AUGGCGCUCGAGCACCGGUUCCGCACCUUGCGGAACGUACUCGUCGUAGGCCCGGCAACGGAGCCAGAUGAGGAACUCCACUUCCUCGCCACUGAGGAGACAGGCUCGUUCAGUGAGGCAAAAAUGGACAUCAACUGGAGGCGUGCGAUGGAGGAAGAGAUGGAGGCCAUCGAGGAGAACUGGACAUGGCACCUCACCACCUUACCACCUGGUCAUCGCGCGAUCGGCCUGAAGUGGGUAUACAAGGUGAAGAAGGACGCGCAGGGUGCGGUCCUUAAGCACAAGGCUCGCCUCGUGGCGAAGGGCUACGUGCAGCAGCUCAGUAUCGACUACAACGAGAUCUUCGCUCCCGUGGCGAGACUCGAGUCUGUCCGGCUCCUGCUGGCACUUGCUGCAAGUGCGGGGUGGGAUGUCUGA